CUUCCCAUCUAUUUAGCAUUCAAAUAACUUGUUUUAGAGAUCUUUGAAGUAGAUACUGAAGUAAAAAUAGUCAAGGAUGAUCAGAAAGGAUGAAAUGGCCAAUCUUUCUUUUAAUGUGGAUGUUGUUUCCAGUUGUUUUUAAUCAAUACUCUGUAUGGAGAUCUACUGCAGAUGUGUUUCGUUUUCCCACAUGUAGUCAAGAUUGCAAUAUAUACACAGCCUACCAGGAGAGCUUUAGCAAGUGCUUUUUAAAGUGCAAAUGUGAAUAUGGGAAAACUUUCUUUCAAAAAGAGAGUGGAGAAAAAAAAUGUGUAAGCAGUCCUGGUCAUAUUGUUGGAUGUAAGUUUCACUUUAAGAAUAGUCAUAUCCUAGGGUUGGCAUUACAUCAGGUGAAACUUCAAGAUAAAUCAACGGUUUACCAAAUUGGUGAAAUUGUGAUACCAGGACAAGCUAAAUCUAAAUGCAAUAUUAUAUCUGAUAACUGCAAAUAUUGGAACAUUGAUAAAUGGGAAGAUUUGUUUACAGAAGGAAGAAAAUCAAAGCACUUUUACAUUGAAGAAAAAAGGAAAAGGCAGGCUGUUAGGUUCACCAUCAAUCCAGGAGAGCAGAAAAUAUACGAAGGUCUUUUGAUCAGACUUGAGGUUCACUGUCCACAGGUGUCACAGUCCUGUCUUAUGUUUAAAUUUGAAGGCUAUCAUCAUUACGGAAUCGAAAGCAAAAACUUGACGGUGACCACAACCCAAGUCGCAUCAACUACACCAGUACUUAAUCCAACUCCUGUUAAAAGCAGCAAAGAUAAUGGCAAUAUUACCAUCAUUAUUGUGAUUAGUAUUGUUGUUGUUGUUGUUGUUUUCAUACUAAUUGGUGUCAUCUUGUGCGUGUGCAGAAAGAGAAGAAGGAAUAACAAAAGCAACGACAAAGUGGGAUUCAAAAGAGACAAACUUCAGCAAUCCAAGGUUCGUUUGCUAAAGCAGAAAGACGAUGAAGACCAUUACCACUCUCCAUCAGAUGUUUUUCCUGACACUGUGUGUGAAAUCGAUGAUAUUGAAAAUCCUGGUUACUUAAAGCCAGUUGACUGCAAGCCAAAAAGCUCUUCUGGUGAUGCGGUAUACCUUGAUCCAGAUUCGAUAAUAGUAAUAGCGGCUAACAAAAAAAAGGACGAUCCUACGUAUGAUUAUCCUGAACUAAAGAAGUUAAAGAAAAAGCACAAACCAAACUACACAACUGCUGUCAUAGGUGGUCCUGUUUACGCCGAGAUGGAUGAGAAAAAGAUAGUACACCAGUACACUGACCUCGACGACGCUUUGCAAAAACAUAAGCAAAAGAAAGAUGGUAGCGGUUACGCUGCUCUGAACCCAAGCGACGUUAGCGAUGCAGGCGGGUACCAGCCAUUGAAUACCACGUCGCAGGACUUAAAAGAACAACCACAGGCUGAUAAGUCUUCAACAGACGCCGUAUCGAAAUCCCCAAAAUAUUUUGAAAUUGAACCGGAGCAGAGUGACUCCACUACUCGGGAUUGUUUUAAAUUUAACGCAGACGACAGCCGGACAAUAGAAGAUGACCCACAGCCACCCUCUCCUAAAUAUUUUGAAAUUGAACCUGAAGUUCCUCUAUCAACAGACAAUGGAGAGGAAGAUAUACCUAUUUAAAAUAAAAACAGGUCCGUCAUGAAGUAGUUUUAAAUAAAUAAUGAUGUUCUUUGAAAUUGCCAGUCUUAAUGAUUGUCAGUACUACAUAAAAUGGAGUUCCAUUCUAUGUAUAGUGGGCUAUAUGUUAUGUAUAGUUGCUAUGUUACUCUAUUGUUAACAAUAAGUCUAAAAAUAUUUUUAUUGUUAGUUAAUUUAUUUUUACUUAAUAUAUUAUUUAUAACGUUCUUCAGUUUGUAGUACUGAAAUAGCUCUUUUUGCAUGUAGCCUUGAUUUUUGUUUCGCUAAGCUUGCAGCAAUUUUUACAGUGGGCUACCCCUUAUUUGAACUCUUCUCUGCUAAUAAAUCAGUAGUUAUUUAAACAACUUUUUUGCUUGUUGGUUUUCAUGUUUGAUUUGAAUUUAAAUCUUCUAGAACAAAGUACCGACUGACCAUCUUAAUUUUCUGAUAUGGCGAACCCUGUGGUCCUGAAUAGCCAACCCUUUUUUGGCGUGAAACAUUUAAAAAAUUUCUAUACACACUGUCUCGUAUUAAGUGUAAUUAAUGAAUAUAGUUUAGUAUUUUUUGUUUUCUGUAUGUUUGAACAUAUUUUUUUCUUUCGUUGGUUUUUUGUACUUUUUUUUUAAAGAGAUUUUAAUAGGAAGUCUUGAGAGAACUUGAACGCAUGAGGUAUAUUUCACUUUAUGCACCUAUUGAGUAAAACAGUGUCUUAAUUGUAUUCUUAAAGAUUAAAGGAACGAUUAGACGUUCGCGCCCUUUUAAUCUUUAAUACUAGAGGCUAAGUCACUAUUUUGAUCAAAUUAUCCAAAUUUUUAUUAAGUUUGAUCAAUUAGAAUGUUUAGUGUAAUUCCACAAUAAUUGAUCAUCUUUGUGGAAAGUGCUUUGCUCCCGAGCUGUACUUCCACCUUUCCCCUUUCCUGCCUUUUACGGCACUUUUAUCUACACACAUACAAUUCGUAUUAAGUUUAAUUAACAAAUAAUAGUUUAGUACCUUUUGUUUUAAAUAUGUUUGAACAUAUUUUUAUCUUACGUAGGUUUUUUGUACUUUAUUUUUAACGAGAUUUUAAUAGGAAGUCUUUAGAGAACUUGAACGCAUGAGGUAUAUUUUACUUUAUGCGCCUAUUGCGUAAAACAGUGGCUUGAUUGGAUUUUUAAGGAUGAAAGGAACGACGAUUCGACGUUGGCUUUGUCACGUUCCCUUACAAUCUAUAAAAUUCGCAGUUAAGUCACUGUUCUGAUAAAAUUAUCUAAAUUUUUAUUUUUUUUAUUAUAAAUGAAAAUAGUUAUGAUUGAAUCUUUUGGUGGGGAAGUUACUGUUGUUGUUGUAUAAAAAGAUAAAUAUAUUUAUGUAGAGAACACAUUUGCAUUCACUGUG